AUGUAUUCAACAAUGAACUCUAUGCCGGAAGAAACUACGUCCGAUAUUAAACAUUUACCAUCCACAUCGACUAUUACAUCAUAUCAGGUUAAAAACACCACAACAUGUAAUGAUGAUAGUCAAUUAUUAAUGAAAUCGUCAGUUGAUUAUCAAAAUUCUAUAUUACCAGUUUACAACAGUCAACAAAGCUUAUCAUUAUCAAAGAUUAAUCAUCCUUCAAUCAACUCGACAACAGAGGUGCUAACAUUUUCAGGUGAAAAGAGUGAAGAUCCAGGACAAUGGUUAGAUCAAAUUCUUGCAGUUAUUGAACAGCAAAAUUUAAGUCCAGGUGAACAACGUGAUUUAGCAGCAGGAAAAUUAAAUGGUGAAGCCUUAUUAUGGUAUCGUAUUAAUCGUUUACAUAUACCAGAUAUGCAAACUUUUAUUCAUCAAUUUCUGCUCACUUAUAAUUCAUCAGAAUCAUCAACAUCUACCAUUAAUUCAACAUCCAAAGAUCUCAAUCGUGCUGAUGUAUCAGCUAAAGCAGCACCAAUAGAAAAAAAAAUAAUACAUACAUAUGAUAAUACAUUUAAACCAUUGGCUGAACAACAUGAUAGUUCUGAAUCAUCAUUUUCAAUUGAAUCAUCAUAUCAGGUACUACAAUCAGCUAAGAAUGAAAAAGUGAAACUUAUACCAAAUUUUUCUGGUUCGGAAAAUUCAAUGAAUUGGUUAAAAAGUUUAGAACAAACAGCAAAAGCACUUAGAUUAAAUCAUCAACAAAUUUAUGAAUUAGCAACAAUAAAAUUAAGUGGUCCAGCUCAGGAAUGGUAUUAUCAUCAAGAUGAUGAAAUUUUCAACUGGACAUCGUUUAAACAAGUUUUCUUACAUGCAUUUCCCCCUCCAAUUCAACCAACUAAUAUAGAUUAUUUAGCUCAAUUAUUAUCACGUAAACAAGGUGAAAAUGAACCAGUUGGUAAAUUUGUACAAGAUAUUAAUCGUCUUUGUCUUAAACUGGAUAAAAAAAUUAGUGAAGAAGAAAAACUUCAGUAUCUUCGACGAGGUCUUCGUCCACAACUCCAGCACUAUGCAUUACCAAUAUCAUCAUCACAAGAUUUUCUUACUAUAAUGCAGCAACAUGAACAAAUCGAAAAAGAAAAAGUAACAAAAUUUCAAUCAUUUUCUUCAUUUAAGUCAUCCUCGAACACUCCAUUUAAUCAUCGAGGAGUAGUUAAUUUGUCAUCAAUCAGAACUUCAGAUUUUGAUCAACAGCAACAAACUGUAUUUAAUCGUCCACAUCGUAAUUAUAAUAAUCAUCAACACAAUCAUUAUUCAACAAAUUAUGAAUCACCUGAUUAUGAAUCUCACCAAAAUUCACAUUCUCAAACAUCAUCGCAACAACAACAAACACAUGAUAAUCGAAUAUGUUAUCAAUGUAGCAAACCUGGUCAUCUUCGAAGGGAUUGCCCGGAUAUUAACUUUUCACAACAUCCUCAACAACAUUUUCAACAACGGGGUCACUAG